UAGGAGGUCGUAUGCAACCAACAAAAUACCAUGUUCUUUCACCAUGUCCUUUCCUUUCUCUAACACAGUAGUAAUACCAUAUCAACAAACAAAAUUGGUUGGAAAAAAUUGUGUACCUUAAUCCAUGCACAAGAGAAAUUUUCUCACAAUGAAGCAACUAGAACACAAGGUCACAACAAACCCAUGUUGAAGCUAAAGAACAUUUUAGCCAUGCCUCUUUCAUAGAUCAUAGUCACCUUCAUAAACUUUGUCCACAACAACCAUAGUCUUAUUCACUCAAGUUCAAUGAUAUAGAGUACAGACGCCUUCCACCGUCGCUUUCCUAACUUCUGCGUUUCUGAGUAAUUUGUGAGUUGGCAAGCACUAAGCAAAAUGAAACAUUAAUUACCGUAAUUCUCUUGUUACAGAUAAAGACAUGGACGAGCUAGUGACUUGCAUUCCGGUUAUGGAGAACGUUUUACGACGCCGAGAUCUUCCCGGUAUCUUCAGACUUGAACAAGCCGAUAAUCCAGUCAUCCAAUUCUUCAUCAACGAAACAUUUGCCAUGCCUCGAGCUUCUGCUUUGAUCCUCAACACUUCGACGGACUUGAAGAUCCCAUGAUCUCCAAACUCGGUUCUUUCUUCCCCACAAUUUACACAAUCGGCCCUUUGCAUGCUCUGCUGAGUUCCGUCAUCAAGGACUCGCCGCCGUUACCAUCAACCAACAGUCUUCUAUGGAAAGAAGACCAAGACUGCAUGUCGUGGCUUGAUUCGCAACCGUUAACAUCUGUCGUCUUCGUUAGCUUUGGGAGUCUGGUACAACUGACACUCGAUCAAGUUCUAGAGUUCUGGCACGGGUUGACCAGCAGCGGCAACGGGUUCCUGUGGGUGAUUCGAUCGGACUCCAUUACCGGCGAACAUGAUAUGGAACGGAUCCUAAAGGAGCUCAAAGACACAGCAGAAGGAAGGGGCAGAAUUGUGAGCUGGGCACCACAAGAGGAGGUUCUGGCCCAUCCAGCCGUUGGUGGGUUCCUGACCCAUAGUGGAUGGAACUCAAUCAUGGAGAGUAUUUAUGCAGGAGUGCCCAUGAUCGGUUGGCCCAAAUUUGCUGAUCAGCAACUCAACAGCAGGUGCGUGAGUGAUGUGUGGAAGAUUGGUUUUGACAUGAAGGACACGUUGAUAGAUCAACGGUGGAGAAAAUGGUGAGAGAUCUUAUGGUGAACAAGAGAGAAGAAAUAAUGAAAUCAACGGAUGAGAUGGCAAGGAUCGCGCGUGAUAUCGUGCAGGAAGGUGGGUCCUCCUAUUGCAACUUCGAGAAGUUAAUUCAGGACAUAAAAUCUGUUGCUUCUUUGGCUGGUAAUGGGGAUGUGUAGGAAAUAUAAAAAAUAUGAAAGUUUUCAAAUAAGGAACUCGUAUUUAA